AUGCUCACGUCGGCGCAGGUCUCGGUGGUGGACCUUACGGCUGGGGAUACCCUGACUAUGGUUACCCCGGCUACUGGCCUGGAUAUGGAGGCUAUCCGUAUGACGGCUACCCCUACGGCGCUCACGGUCCUUAUUAUCCUCGAGGCGCCCCUCACUUUGGCCGUGGCAACGGUCCGAACGGCGCGGAUGGACCGAACGGUGCCAACGGUGCCAACGGUGCCAACGGUCCCAAUGGUCCCAACGGACCUCCCCCUUCCCAUCCUAGCCAUGGAGGUGGCUACGGCGGGCACGGUGUUCACGGCGGGCACGGCGGACAUGGCGGUGCAGGUGGCGCUGACGGAGGUGCUCCUGGUGGUGGUGCUUCGGGCGGAUCUGGAGGAUCUGGAGCUCCUGGCGCUCCCGGUGCGCAUGGUGGUCCUGGCGCUGCUGGUGGUCCUGGCGGUGUCCGAGGCGGCGAUGGAGGCAACGGAGGCAACGGUGGAAACGGCGGCAAUGGAGGAAACGGCGGUCACGGUGGAAAGAACGGCGGCGAUACCUGCGAAUAAUUGGCUGCCCAAGCCUCGAGGUCAGCUCAUGACUCUUGCUCGCCUCCCAGCCAACACUCCCAAACGACUCGACCUCGGUCCUUCCCACGCUUUGCAUGCUUUGUAUGGCUGA